AUGGACCCUGUUGUCAACAGACAUGUGUGAGCAAGAAGAGAACAGCAAGUGUUGCGGAACACCGCGCGCGCUUCUUCCACCUGUGUGUGAUCUCUUUAGUGUGUUUUGCGAGACCAAGCUGCCGACGAGCUCCGCAAAGGGCGUUACCUUCAAGGGUCUUAAUCUCGCGCGCAACACGGGGCAAAACAUUGAGGCCCUCAUUCGUCGCGUCAGGCGAGACUGGGAGCACGGCGUAUACGACAAGUACUUCAAUGAGGUGACAGGCUCGCAACGCCACGCUAUGCAUGAAUUCUAAUCGUCGCUGUUCAGGCCUAUCCGCGACUCGUCGAUCACAUGGGUCGGGGGCAGAGGACCCGAUGA